AUGGAUCCAGAGGAAAUCCAAAGUGUUAUCCAAUGGCCUAUACCUAUAAGUGUCAAAGGAAUUAGAGGAUUUUUGGGUUUGAUGGGUUAUUACCGCAAGUUUAUUCAAAAUUCUGGCAAGAUAGCAAGACCAUUAACGGAGCUCACCAAGAAGGAUGGUUUCCAGUGGAACCCUAAUGCUCAGGUUGCUUUUAAACUAUUAAAGCAAAAAUUAAUAACAGCACUAGUAUUAGCUCUUCCAGACUUCGCUCAACCUUUUAGCAUUGAAUGUGACGCAUCAGCAAAACUUCUUGCUUAUCAAUUUAACAUCCUGUAUAGGCCUGGGUUGGAGAAUAAAGGGGUUGAUGCUUUAUCACGCAUGUAUGACACAAGUGAGUUUGGUUUCCUAAUUUCCUAUCCAAUUUGGGAAGACAAAGAGCUAAUCAUGGAAGAAGUUCGCACUGAUGCAGUUUUGUCUAAAAUUAUCACUGAUUUACAGAAGGAUUAUCAUUGCAGACCAGGGUUCAUGUAUAAAAAUGGAAUUCUGCUCUAUCAAGGUUGA